CAAUGUCCAAAAUGAGCAGAUUGCAUUGAGUUUCCGACGAAGUGCAUUCCAGGAUCUCGGAACCAAUUACUAAGCUGCCAAAAUCCGGCACGCUCGCAGCAUGCCCGACGACCAGGAACGAAUUGCUUCGGGCAACCCCGAAGCAAGCCACCAUUACUGUCCGUUAUGCAAGAGAACAUUUGCUCGAGAGUCCACACGGAAGCGGCAUUACUACUAUUGUCGCUCCAAACUGCCCGACACGAACACAUCUCGCAAGCGGUCCUGCGCCGCAUGUGUCCGUGCGAAAGCCCGCUGCAUCCGGCCUGCCGAUACAGGCUUGGAGUCUUGCGUCCGGUGCAAUGAGCGGGGUGCCAAUUGCGAGUUUGAUGCAGCGGCACGGCGGAAUGGGGCGCCUCCCCCUGGGGCCAAGGACUGGGAGAUCCAGGGGAGUUCAACCACUCUGACCCUCACCAGACGACCCAGCCGUUCUGGGAACUUGCAAGUCAGCACCUUGCCCCAGACCUAUCCCGAUAUUGCAGCUCCCCUCAGCCGGCAGUCAGCAGAUAUUAACAUCUGGGAUGCCGAUUUCUUCGGCGAGAUCGGCCCUCUUGGGCUGGAGAGCACGCCUGUUGAAAACCAGGGCAUCGAUUCCCUAUUGAGUGGUUUUAGCGGAGCACCACCCGAUAUGCUCGUGACUGGCACGUCUUCCUUCACACCAUGGACCAUUCAGUUAUCUGGCCCCUCACCUUUCGAACAUCGUGCUUUCACUAGGCUAAGCGAAGGUCCAUUGGUGUCGUUGGCGAUGCGGAUAUUGCGAUCUUAUCCCUUCAUGAUGCUUCAAAAAGCCGCGCUGCCGCCGUUUAUAAGCCCUGUGCUGUUCUCGUGGGCCGAGACAGGAAUGGGGCCUCCGCAGCAGGCUCUGAUUACUUGCGUGGACCUGGUCAACUUGUUCAAGUCCCGAACGGAAUCGGAUAGGAACGUUAUAUGGAGGCUGAUCAGGCUUGAACAAGAGAGAAUCUUGGCCAAGCAUGCCAACUUCGACCGAUGGGAACUUCUGGCUGCUUUCCAGGCUCUGCUCGUCUACUGCUUGUUGCGCCUCCACGAGGUUCCGGUUGGACACGACGGCUUGGAGGCUUCCCUGCUCACCACGGUCAACCUUGUCUUUAGUGCGCUGGCUUCGUCAGCUGGGGGGACUCACAAGAUGUGUGUUCCUGAUGACCCUGGCCUGUCUUGGACAGACUGGAUCUUCAGCGAAUCAAUGAGACGCACGGUGCUUAUUUUUCAGAUUCUCGACAUCUUGGUAGAGAUAUCAACGGAGGCCUCAUCUUAUGCCAACUGCGGGCUCCUUCUUAUCCCUCUGGCAACCAGCGCGACUCUGUGGAAUGCAGAGGACCCCGAGGGAUGGAGGACGGAAUUCAGGCUCUGCGAUAAACGUACCACAUACGCACUCUCCCAGACCGGGGUGCUGACAAGGCUUCAAGUGACCGAUACCGGCGUUACAUUUAGCGCGGCGGAGUGGGAAGGAUGGAGGGCCGAGGUUGGUGACAUAGGGACACUCGUGAUGAUUAUCGGCGCGUUGCGAUAAUUAGAUCGAGCGGCGCCUCACGGAUGCGAGUUUGGUCGAGGUAGAUGUAGAAGGGGAAGGGGAACCCGAAGGGGAUAAGAUUCGGCAAGUCCCUCCGUUGACGACAGCUUACGGAACAGCUUAGGGACAGCGCUUGCUUACGCGUUCAUCAGAAUAAAUAUCCCUGAAUUUCCUCCACUCCAUUGUAGCUAGAAGAGCAUAGCUCUUAAUACAUUCUGUAAUUACCGUACAAGAAAGUUCAAGGAGAGAGUGUUCAUGUUGACGAGAGUAGUGUGAGCGACACCCACACGCCUAGCAGGUCAUCGGGGCCGGACCCGGAGCCUUGUAUGGCCUGUGGCCGUUGUCGUCCUUGCCGUUGAC